AUGCAGGCCUUCCCGCCUCCCCAAGGCCUGCAGGGCGCCACCCUGAUCCUGCCCGUGGUGGCAGUUGGCAACGUGGCCCAGCUGGCCGCCGAUUUGCUCAUCAACACACUUCGCCUGGACCGCACGGCUCGUUUGGAAGACGACUUGCUGCUGCCCUGCGUUGGCGGUAUAGCCUACGACCAUGUGCCGGGCCUGGCCACGGCGAUGGAGCUGUAUCAGCCGCGCGGCGGCGGCGGCAGCGUGGCGGUGGUGCAGCAGCGGGCAGCGGCGGCGCCAGGCACCCAGGACGCGUUUGCGCAGCGCAUGGCGGCCUUUGUCAAGCAGAGCGGCGUCAAGGAGGUGCUGGUGCUGGGCAGCAUCGAGGCCAGCUCCCGCCGCGACGCGCAGCUUGUGGGGCCGCAGCUGCGCUGCUGGGCGCCCGACGCAGACGGCGGCGGCAGCGGCCUGCUGCACCGCUGCGAGGCGGCGGCGCCGGGGGGCGUGCCGCCGCUGGAGCCCGGCUUGCUGGAGGAGUGGCCGCUGGAGCAGCGGCUGCUGCCGCCCUGGCCGCUGCUGCGCCAUCUGUGCCAGCUAGGCGUGCCCUGUGCCGCCAUCCUCAGCUUCAGCACAGAGGGCGACAACCUGGGCGAUGCAUUCGUCAUGGCGGCUGCCGCCGCGGCCGCGGCAGGCUUGGACGAGGGCGCCGCCAGCGGCGGCGAGGCGGCCGCAGGGCCCGCGGGGCGGGAGUGGGUGCCGCCGCGCUCCUGGCAGUCGGUGUAUGGCGCCUCUGCUGCAGUGUACUGA